CAGUGCACAGUAGACUAUAGAAUGACUCUCCGGCAAGACAACGUUUGUAAAAAAUAAUUUCAAGUGUGCAAUCUGUGGAUGUUCGUCUCAUGUAAGAGAGUAUCCGUAGGCUGUUGGCAGAUAUGGGGCUCUAAUUCCGCACCAGCCUGGACGAAGAGGACUCACAACAUCACCAAACCAGCACCAGAUAAACACUCGUGGACUCUCACCACUGAUAAGAGGGUUAUUUUAUGGUAGUUUCAGUAUCAGGAUGUCCACAUCUGUCGAUAUUCACGCGCAGCUGGCGUCUAUUGUCGAGCGGUUCGCCAAAUGUGCGCUACUGGAGAUGAGUCGAGCUGUGGAUCAGGAGAUCAACCGCAGACAGAUGGAGGUCGAGACUCUGAUGGUCAAACUCCAGUUUACUGAGAGCGAACUCCGAACAGCCCGAAAGAACCAACCGAACCUGCGAUCAGUGGGAACACAAGCCAAUGACACUGAACAGAGAGAGAUAAACCUGGACCAUGUGAAGUUGAGUGAAAAUCAUGAAGGAUACACAGAAACACACACUGAUAAUUCUUUGCAGACUUUCACAUUCAACGCAGAUGGAGUCAAAUCCAUUCAAAUCAAAGAGGAACACAUGGAGGAACAACAGUGGGACAGUGGACAGAGUCCAGAGAUGGAAGAUCAGGAUAGUUUCAGCGCUGGAAUAAUAGGUACCGCUGGAGAGGGUGGUGAUUUCAUCCUUACAAACAAAAUAAAACCCAGUGGUGUAUGGAAUUCCCCUGUUUCUGAGGAUUUUCUUGUAAACUCAGAAGCUCACAGUCUGGACGCUUGUCCUUACGCAAAUUCCACAGGCGUAUCUCCAAACCAAAGAGAAGAUCCAAGCAUACAGCAUCACAUUGAAGAUGCAUACGGAACGGCAGAGUUCUCCCAGCAUUCUGCGAACCACAUCGUUCCCCCAGCGGCCGAUCACAGAGGCGACAGUGCGGCAGAGAGAAGCUCACGCUGCCCUCAGUGUGGAAAGACGUUCACAACACGCUUCUACCUGAAGAUCCACCAAAGAAUCCACACUGGAGAGAGACCGUACACCUGCCCUCAGUGCGGCAAAGGCUUCUACUGCAACUCGCACCUGAUAUCACACCACCGCUCACACACCGGAGAGAAACCGUAUAGUUGUGAAGAAUGCGGCAAGUCCUACUCUCAUUUAAACUCCCUCAAACUGCACCAGCGAAGCCACACUGAAGAGGAGACGUACGGGUAUUGGUACAUUUUGAUAACUUUGGAUUUCUGUAUGGGAGGCUUUUAUUUUGGCAGAUGUUCCACCAAAUAUCCGCCCUGUUCUGAGCAUGCGCAUAGAAGAAGCAAUGGUCGUUUUUUAGUUUUUCUAUACAUGAAUGUAAAUAAAGAGUGUUUGGACAAAACGAUGUUACAGAGUCAGAUCUCCGCGAUCAUGGACGUGCUGGCGAAAGCGGCGGUGGCGGAGAUCAGUCAACUGCUGCAGGAGGAUUCUGCUGCUCUUCAUCAGGAGAUCCAGAGGAGAAACGAGGAGAUCCAGGGACUGAAGACUCGACUGCUCCUCACGGAGACUAAACUACAGAGAGUCACUGCGAACAGAUGCUCAAUCGGCGUUCAGGUGGAGAUGAUGAUGAUGGACACGAGUGUGAUGGCAGAUUUUGAAGAAUCGCACCAGGUAAAGGCCAUCGCAACUAGUCCAGUAAAGGAGAUCUCUGAGGAGAAACCGCUUUUUUCACAGACACAGGAGAUAAAUGUGCUCCAUCUGAAACGAGAGGAGACAACAGCACCCUUCAAACCCUCACAAGAGACGUCCCGAGCUCAGCAGAGCACCGCAGAGGAUGAAGAGUUCAGUGGACUGGAGCUUGAGAUGAAGAUCGAACAGGUGGAAGAACUUGUUGAUCAGAAACUGAAUCAAGUUCAAGCCGAGCACAGGAGCGAAGUGCAAAACCACUGUGGAAUAGAUGAUGGAGACUCUCAUGUAUGGUUGUCAGGAGGCGAUCCAGGCAAAGCGUUUGACGAUCCAGAGAGUCUUAUUGAUCCAGAGCAACAUUCCCAGAGUUUUACAGAUCCGUAUGUCUCGCAGGUGUUGAUGGAAGAGCCAAUGAGCUCUCAGUCGACGUCCGGUUUAUUCGGUUCUGGUGUUGUGCUGGAAAACGUGAGCUUUAAUGCAGCUCAAAAUAAAGACAUUGAAUACGGCUUGAAUCUUCUAAACGCUCCACGACAGAAUUCCCAUCAACCUUUACCCAGCGUAUCAGACUCAACAGCGUUCAGCCGACAUCUGCCUUUGAAUUCCUCCUCAAGUGUGCCUAAAACAACCACACAGAGUGUAUUUAUAGACCUUCCGCGACACAGCGCGAGGCCAAAACCGUUCCGAUGUGAAGAAUGUGGCAAACGCUUCACACAGAAAACACGACUGAUAACGCACAGGCGGAUACACACGGGCGAAAAACCCUUCCGUUGUCAGCUGUGUGGUAAGAUGUUCUCGCGACAGGACAGCUGUCUCAGACACGUACGUCUGCACAGAGAUGGCUUUUAUUUUGGCAGAUGUUCCACCAAAUAUCCGCCAUGUUCUGAGCAUGCGCAGAGAAGAAGCAAUGGUCGUUUUUUAGUUUUUCUAUACAUGAAUGUAAAUAAAGAGUGUUUGGACAAAACGAUGUUACAGAGUCAGAUCUCCGCGAUCAUGGACGUGCUGGCGAAAGCGGCGGUGGCGGAGAUCAGUCAACUGCUGCAGGAGGAUUCUGCUGCUCUUCAUCAGGAGAUCCAGAGGAGAAACGAGGAGAUCCAGGGACUGAAGACUCGACUGCUCCUCACGGAGACUAAACUACAGAGAGUCACUGCGAACAGAUGCUCCAUCGGCGUUCAGGUGGAGAUGAUGAUGAUGGACACGAGUGUGAUGGCAGAUUUUGAAGAAUCGCACCAGGUAAAGGCCAUCGCAACUAGUCCAGUAAAGGAGAUCUCUGAGGAGAAACCGCUUUUUUCACAGACACAGGAGAUAAAUGUGCUCCAUCUGAAACGAGAGGAGACAACAGCACCCUUCAAACCCUCACAAGAGAUGUCCCGAGCUCAGCAGAGCACCGCAGAGGAUGAAGAGUUCAGUGGACUGGAGCUUGAGAUGAAGAUCGAACAGGUGGAAGAACUUGUUGAUCAGAAACUGAAUCAAGUUCAAGCCGAGCACAGGAGCGAAGUGCAAAACCACUGUGGAAUAGAUGAUGGAGACUCUCAUGUAUGGUUGUCAGGAGGCGAUCCAGGCAAAGCGUUUGACGAUCCAGAGAGUCUUAUUGAUCCAGAGCAACAUUCCCAGAGUUUUACAGAUCCGUAUGUCUCGCAGGUGUUGUCGGAAGAGCCAAUGAGCUCUCAGUCGACGUCCGGUUUAUUCGGUUCUGGUGUUGUGCUGGAAAACGUGAGCUUUAAUGCAGCUCAAAAUAAAGACAUUGAAUACGGCUUGAAUCUUCUAAACGCUCCACGACAGAAUUCCCAUCAACCUUUACCCAGCGUAUCAGACUCAACAGCGUUCAGCCGACAUCUGCCUUUGAAUUCCUCCUCAAGUGUGCCUAAAACAACCACACAGAGUGUAUUUAUAGACCAUCCGCGACACAGCGCGAGGCCAAAACCGUUCCGAUGUGAGGAAUGUGGCAAACGCUUCACGCAGAGAACGCGACUGAUAACGCACAGGCGGAUACACACGGGCGAAAAACCCUUCCGUUGUCAGCUGUGUGGUAAGAUGUUCUCGCGACAGGAUAACUGUCUCAGACAUGUACGUCUGCACAGCGGAAAGAGAUGGUAAACGUGCACACAGAGACGACAACAAAAAACUCUGUUAACGUUCUUAGAAGUGUAACUGUAUUGUGUACAUUGUAUGUUACAUUUUAUCCCUUAAAAAGGAAUAGUUCACCCAUAAAUGAAAAUUCGGUCAUCAUUUACUUACCCUUUUGUCGGUCUUCUGUGGAACUCAAAAAAUGUUUAGCAGAAUGUUCAUGCUGUUCUUUUCCAUACAACGACUUUGAAGGGGGACGGAUGUUGUCAAGCUCCAAAAACACACAAUAAAACUACACUGGUGUGAAGGUAAGUAAAUGAUGACAGAAUUUAAACUUUUGGGUGAACUAUCCCUUGAAGUGUUUAUAUGUGUGUAGCACGGAGGAGGGCGGGGCCGGAAUGACACACGCCCAGACCCCAAUCAGCCUGAUGCGGUGAGCGAGGGAUAAAGGUG